UAAUAAAAGGGAAUCAGUGAACAAUUAUGUUGUUUUGUUGAUAUUGUAACAUUGUAACUCGCCUAUAUUUACAUGGUUUCGGAUCGACUCCAUAAUUUGCAGUAUCAUGGUGUAGCGUACUUAUACCCAGAAAUUUGUAUUCCAGGUAUAAAAUACGAGCGAAGUAAAUGUCGGUAUUUUCUGAAAAUUACAGCAAUUAAAUUAAGUGGCUUGUUAAAUAUGUAUUGCCUAGUAUUUUACUUUUUAUAUCUUUCCUUAUAGUAUUUGUGAGCGAAUGUGGCACCUGAGAGCUAAAGUUGAGGGCACAAUAGUCUUAUGUGCUGCAUCUGUAUCACGUACUUCCUGGUUGGCCCUGUUUUUAUCAUACAGUGAUCUGCGGAGGUUUCCUUACCUGAAAGAAAAGCAAGUACCUCUACCGAGGUAGCUAGAUAACAGCGAGCUGAAAGGCUUUAUUUAACUUAUAAUCAUGUCAGUUAACAUCACACUGAAACCGCUGCGGCAGUGAAAGUGUCAGCGAAACCCCGGGGAAUCGCAUUCCUCACACGGAUGACGUUAGCUUGGACAACGAAAACGGACUGAACUGUGGAAGACGCUCUCUCGGUUUGAGUUGUUUUAACUUCCUGAACUUUUGAAACAACUGAAUACAAUUUUCCCCACAACCACAAGAGAGAGAAUGAGUAUGCGGUUAAAGCCACGGCUGCUGUAGAAUGAAGAGCCCGUCUCACCGCAGCAGGGACAUUGAGCGUCAGGCUGGCUACCUGAAGCCGGAACACUGCGCCCCUCCGCCGCCUCGUGGCAGCUCAAACGCCAUGUGGUUCAUCCGUGACGGCUGCGGCAUUGUGUGCGCCGUCAUCACCUGGCUGCUGGUCUUCUACGCGGAGUUUGUCGUGGUGUUUGUGAUGCUGUGGCCCGCCAAGAGCCUGGCCUACAGCCUCUUCAACGGUGUGCUCUUCAACAGCUUGGCCUUCCUCGCCCUCGCCUCGCAUGCCAGGGCCAUGUGCACUGACCCGGGAGCCGUGCCAAAAGGAAACGCAACCAAAGAAUUCAUUGAAAGCCUCCAGCUCAAACCAGGACAAGUGGUCUAUAAGUGUCCUAAAUGUUGCAGCAUAAAGCCUGACAGGGCUCACCACUGCAGUGUGUGCAAACGUUGCAUCAAAAAGAUGGACCACCACUGUCCUUGGGUCAACAACUGUGUCGGGGAAAACAAUCAGAAAUAUUUUGUGCUCUUUACGAUGUACAUUGCGUUAAUAUCCUUCCAUGCAUUGGCCAUGGUGGCGUUCCAUUUUGUGUUCUGCUUCGAAGAAGAUUGGUCAAAAUGCAGCACCUUCUCUGCACCAGCAACUGUCAUCCUCCUCAUCCUCCUGUGCUUCGAGGGUCUUCUGUUCUUAAUCUUCACAGCUGUCAUGUUUGGGACACAGGUCCACUCCAUCUGCACCGAUGAGACGGGCAUCGAGCAGCUGAAAAAGGAGGAAAGACGAUGGAUCAAAAAGUCCAAAUGGAUGAACAUGAAGGUGGUAUUCGGUCACCCGUUCUCCGUGGCGUGGCUGAACCCCUUUGCAACACCUGAUCACGGCAAGGCAGACGUAUACCAGUACAUCGUGUGACGUUCGUAGCGGCAUCAGUCAGAACAGUCCCUCUGUUACCAGUCGUGGAUAUUUCAAAUACCGUCAAAAAAAAUCCAGUUGGCACAUUUUUUCAAUGUGCUUCAUUCAUGCCUGUUGCUGCUGCAUCCCAUGAGCAAGGUAGGGUGUCACAAAAGCUUUGCAAACUGACCAAACUCCAACUAAAUUUAUACUGUUUGUGCACAUCUUCUAUUAUUCGUGUCUUCCUGCGGCAUCAAAAAAAACUUUUACAUUAUUGGACUUCGGGAUCAAGUGCAUAUUAUGUGAAAUAAUACAAUUCAGAUACCAUAUUUGCUUUAUGUAAGAAUAUCAGCCAACAUAAAGUAGUUAUCCGACCCGACCUCGGAGAGAAGCGGAAGUAGAAUGGAAUGGGGGCAAAACCACUUAAGUGCACUUAGUGUAUUUAGAAGCAACCAUUUGAGGAAAUAUAAUAACUUCAGAUUAAAAAAAAAAAAAAUGCUGUAUUUUGGGAGAAUUAACAGCGCCGGUUGUGAUGCAAUGAUGGUGCCAUUGUGAGAGAGAAAAAAAAAAGUUGUUAUUGAUGGAUAUGAAAAGAGUGAUGCGUUAUUUCUACCGGAGAUCAUCAUGAUUCACUCAGUAUUCAGAAUAUUCGGAAUAUUACCACAAUGUACAGUCCCAUGCGGUUUUAAUGUAUUGAUCACUGAACAGAGCCGAGCCCUUCAAGUAUCAGCUGUUUGUUUGUCCAUCGUUUUAUUAAUUAGAAGGCUACUUUAAAUCAGGGGUGUCCAUAGUGCAGCCUGGGGGCCAUUUGCAGCCUGUUUGCGCAUUAAAAAAAUAUAAUUUAACAAGAAAUUUACCAUAAUAAAGUAAAAAUAUUCAGAGAAAAAAGCUGUAAUGUAAUGAGAAACGGUUGUAAUUAUACAAGAAUAGUCAUUUUAGUAGAAUAAAGUUAAUAUUAAAAGGGGACCUAUUAUGCUUUUUCUACUUUUCUGACCCAUAAAUGUCGUUAGAAUGUUGUAUUCUCGAAUUAAACGAUCACAAAGUUUCAGAUAAUGAGGGUUACGCAUUUGAAAGUGAGCCCUGAAAAAAGUUUGGGAUGGAUCAAAAACGCUCUGUUUCAAAAGGCGUGGUAAAACUGUUCCUUUGUGAUGUCACAGAGGAGCCGGCUUCCUUAUAUGGGCGUGUCUGUAGGCAAGAUUUACCUAUCCUUUUUACUGAGAUUUACUUAUUCUCACGAUGGUCGCGGGGGUUGCUGGAGCCUAUCCCAGCUGUCUUCGGGCGAGAGGCGGGGUACACCCUGGAACUGGUCGCCAGCCAAUCACAGGGCACAUAUAGACAAACAACCAUUCACACUCACAUUCAUAACAAUUUGGACAAUUUGGAGUCGCUAAUUAACCUAGCAUGUUUUUGGAAUGUGGGAGGAAACCGGAGUACCCGGAAAAAAAACAUGCAUGCACGGGGAGAACAUGCAAACUCCACCAAGAGUGGAAUUGAACUCGGGUCUCCUAGCUGUGAGGUCUGCGCGCUAACCACUCGUCCACUGUGCAGCCUGGUGAAAAAGUUAUAAUAUGGAAAUAAUGUGAAAAUAAAGUGAUAAUAUUAGGAAAAGGAACGUUUGGACACCCCUGGUGUAAAUAAAUACAUCUUUAUCCCAGACCUUAUUCCCACCAUUCAAACAGCAAAGCUCGUUGUGGUCCUAAAAUCCUAUUACACGGCUCAGAUAGUGUCAUGAAAUCACUAAAACGAUGUCAGUAUGCGAACACGUGUUCGUUCGUACGCUGGAAUCCGAAGCCUUACAGCAUGAAUUGUUGAAGAGUUCCGACUGAAACGAUGUUUCUGUGUGAUUUGACUGAGUGAAAAAAAAAUCUCACACAGGCCGUUUUUUUAAAUGAUGAUCAUUGUAACUUUAAAAAAAAAAAAAAAAGAAAGAACGUUUUUAUUUGAACUUGCAUGUUGCCAAUUUUGAGUGCUUUCUAAAUAAAGGAGGCGGCAAAGUAACUGUUUAAAAAAAAAUGCAAUACCUUGUAUUUUUUCAUGAUGGGUAUGCAGUCUGCAAUGCAGUUUUACAGGAAUAACACCAGCUGUCUCCUUUGUUCAGUUCACUUUGUCCUGAAUAUAUUUUAGUACUUGAUGUAGGAUUUGCUUUUAUAUCGUAUUUGUUGAAACGAGAGAGAAAUAAAGUUACGUUGGCGACGUGGUGUUUUUUUUUUUUUUUAUUUGAAAAAUGAGGUUUUUUAGUGCGGUUUGGCUAAUCCUGCAACUCAAAUCACAACACAGUAAACAUUUUCUUUGUAAAAAAAAAAAAAAAAUGCUAAUAAAUGUAAUCAAGUGGCUUAAGGAGAUCACAAUGUCGAUAUAUGCCUAAAAAAUUAUUUCCCCCCAAAUUUUUUUCAUAUGUGGUCCCUGGAACAGACUUUUUUUGUAUAAUUUGACUUGAAAAACUGUAGUGUUCUAAAACUUCUGAUCAAUAGUGUAUGUAUUUUAAGUCAAGUAACAAUAAAUAACAAAAAAAAUUAUGCUAAUAAAUGUAAUCAAGUGACUUAAGGAGAUCACAAUGUAGAUAUAUGUCUAAAAAAAAAUUGUAAUGUCAUUAUUUCAUAUUGACCCCAAUAUGUGGUCCCUGAAACAGACCAAUAGUGUAUGUAUUAAGACAAUUAACAAUAAAUAACCAUUUUUUUCAGAAAUCAAUAAUAAAUAAAUUGCGUUUUUUAGUGCGGUUUGGCUAAUCCUGCAACUCAAAUCACAACACAGUAAACAUUUUCUUUGUAAAAAAAAAAAAAAUGCUAAUAAAUGUAAUCAAGUGGCUUAAGGAAGAUCACAAUGUCGAUAUACGUAUGUCUAAAAAAAAUUUUUUGUCAUUAUUUCAUAUUGACCCCAAUAUGUGGUCCCUGAAACAGAUAAUAAUAACAGAUAAUUAUAAUAAUAAUAAUAGAUAAUUUGACUUGAAAAACUGUAGUGUUCUAAAACUUCUGAUCAAUAGUGUAUGUAUUUUAAGUCAAUAAACAAUAAAUAACAUUUUUUUUCCUAAAUCAAUAAUAAAUAAAAUGCGGUUUUUAGUGCGGUUUGGCUAAUCCUGCAACUCAAAUCACAACACAGUAAACAUUUUCUUUGUAAAAAAAAAAAAAAUAAUUAAAUGCUAAUAAAUGUAAUCAAGUGACUUAAGGAGAUCACAAUUUAGAUAUAUGUCUAAAAAAAAUUGUAAUAUCAUUAUUUCAUAUUGACAGGUUGCACUUUCCCACAACCUUUCGGGUUAAUUGAUUAGUGUUAGCUUUCCGUGCUUAAUGGCAACAAACAACAACAAAAUCAAACUAUGCUACGCUAACAUGAACUAUCCAGUGCUCCUUAAUAUCUAUAUAACAAGAGAAAAAUACUAUCUGCUUCUUAAAUGAAGUACUUAAAAGUAGAGCUGCAAUAAACAAUUAUUUUCUUGGUCAAUUAAUCAAACAAUAAUCAGCAAUAAUUAAUUUCUUUAUGCAAGUGGGUUUUAUUUUAUUAGUUUUAUUUAUAAUGUAGUGCGGUUCAAGGUGCUCAGUGAAGCGUUUAAACACGACAGGGGGCGGGGUCAUCUUAAAUGUUAUAGCAUAUCAUGACUUCCUGUCAUCCCUGUAUUAAAGUUGUGCUGCGAUGA